UUAGGGGUGCAAGCUACAACUUCGUCAAAAUGCCAACGUAGCCAAUAAACUGCAGUUAACAUUCUUCCCUUGGCACACCCCACGACUGCUUGCCUUUGAUUAGAUCACACCUUUCUUUUUCAUAGCACCUGUACGCGAAUUUUUCUGUUUACGCCAUGGCAGAUGAUGGAGAGACAGCCACCGUUAAGGAGCCCCUAGACCUUAUUCGUCUUAGUCUUGACGAGCGUAUUUAUGUGAAGCUGCGCGGCGAACGUGAACUCCGCGGCAGACUGCAUGCCUACGACCAGCACCUCAACAUGAUCUUGGGGGAGGUGGAGGAAACGCUGACCACUGUGGAGAUCGAUGAUGAAACGUACGAAGAAAUCAUCAAGACGCAAAAGCGGGUCAUUCCCUUCCUGUUCGUGCGCGGCGAUGGAGUCAUCCUGGUGUCGCCGCCUCUUAGAUCCUAGGCUGCCGUCCGCAUCGCGGCUGCGCCGUGCUCCUGUCACCGGCGGCUCCAUCGCUGCCAAUGCGGCCCCCUUAAUAGAUAUGGAAAGGAGCCCUGUGGCGUAAGAUCUUGGCGUAAGGAGCGUUGGGUCCCUGAAGCUCCUGAACAUUGCUGUUAGUGCAGGCAACAUCUGACACGGCGAAACAGCCUUGCCGGGAGUGCAGCUGCUUCAGGCCUUUGCCCGCGGGAGCAGUACUACCCGCACCUGAUGUUGCUGCUACAGGUGGAAGCAGCUGUCGCCAUGGGAACCAUGACCCGCAUCAAUCCGCUUAUUGGCAUGGGCCUGGGAUAUAGCGGGCAACCUAGUCCAAGAAGGCGCCGGCGCAAAGCCUGGCUCGCUUCGGGGUUACUUAAUGGCGCUGGCUCCAUCUAAGGGACGCCGUCCUGCCGUGCUAAUCCAGCUACCGCUGCAGCCAUUUUCUCGGUGCUGCAGCCCGCCGGUACUGCAGGCCGCCGUGUUACGCCCAGGCGCGAAAGCGACCUCUGCAGAUCGACAUCUUGGCCGGGGCGCCUGAGGCUAGUAAUGCCGUGGGAAAGGGAAUGUGGGAGCGGGGUUUCCAAGCUGUGGCUCAAGUAGCCCUAGGAUGCCGCGGGCGUGACCUGCACUCCCCAGGGAGACCGUCCGGUGAGCGAGGCCCGGUGCUCUGAUUGUAGUUUCGGGUACUUGAACGGACAAGCACGCAACGACAUCGUGGCUAUGAAACCACGCCGCGGUGGUGUACACGUCCAGUAGGCCAAGACCUAGCCUUAGUGUGGCAGCGUUGAG